UGUCGACUCCUAUACCCAUGAAUUCUUUUGUCAUCCAGCUGCAACAACCAGUACAAACAACAGCAACAGCUGAGGUUACCACAAAUGCUCCAGUGCCUGUCUUUCUCCAACAGAUAAAAGGGCUUUCAUUUCUUCAUGGACUUAAGGCAUUUCUAGAAGGCCAACCAAAGGCCCUUGGGACAGUCCAGAUAAUGAUCGGUGUGAUGACUUUCCUGUUUGGCAUUGUGUCUACAGUUCAUGCAGAAUCCGUCUUUGUCUUUAUUGGUUUACCGUACUGGGGAUCUAUCACUAUGCCAGUGGUCCGCAGCUCUUCUGUGAACCACCAAGAACCCGAAUACUGUAAUUGUGAAUAA